ACACUUUUUCCCUUCCUUCGAAACGAAGAGUUCGUUGGCGGUGAAGGCGCGUUGGAGGAGACGAAGCGAAGUGUGAGUGUGCGAGUGUGAGUAUCUCAUCAAAAACCUAAUUUGAGGCCCAAGUUUCGAUCUUUGAACUCGUGCGUCCUCGUGAUCGCGUUUACGUCUCGUUUUACUGCUAUUUUGAGGGAAUUUUUGGCGUAUCUUCGCGUCUCUUUUGGUGUUAUUUAGGCCUUGAUCGCCGAUGGUUUUGGAAGUUUUGUCCUUUUGAUCGCAUUUUCCAGUGUUGACCAUCGGGUGAAUAGAGUGAAAAGGAUACUUCAACUUAUCAACUUAUGGGAACUAAAGCACCUGAAACUGGGGUAAAGAAGCCAACAUUUACUCCAAAGGCCCUAAUUCAUCAAAAAUAUGCUAGUAAAGCAAGCUACAGGAUUGAGGAAGUGCAGGAGACUCUGGAAAAUGGCUGCCCCGGAUUGGCUAUCGGGCAGCAAUCUCGGAUUCUUUACCGCUGUUUCUUGGAUCUUCCGGAAUUGUCCGUUGUUUCGGAUACGUUUACACGGAAGAAAGAUGCGGAACAGUCAGCUGCGCAGAUUGCUGUGGAGAAGCUGGGCAUUCAGUCCAAUUUGAAUUCCUCCACACCGGAGGAAGCUUGGAAUGAACUAGUUGCUCGCAUGUCUGGCUUAUUUACAGAUGAGUUCCUUUCAUCAUCCCACCCUCUGGUUGUCCAUUUCGGAGUGGCAUUGAGAAGAGCGGGCAACCUGUAUGGCACGAUACCCAUGACUGUUAUUGCCGCAUGUGAUGUAAAAGUCAAUAGCUUAUGCAAAAUCAUCGAUCCCAAGGCAGAAUCAGAUCCUCUCGUGGUCUUGUCACUAAUCUCAAAGGCUGCCAAAGCUUCGGAAUCUGUUUGCACUUUGGAUGGCAAAUUCUGGAUAAGAAAAAAAGAGGGUUACUCUCCUAAUGUCAUUGAGUUAAUACUAAACAGAUCUUCGAGCAUUUCGGAGUGUUUACAGGUAGAAGCAGUGUAUAUUCCUUGUGAAAUGGAGGAGCAGGUUUCUACAUUGAGUCUUCUUGUAUCAGAUACCAAAUAUUACAUGGAUGAAAUUGCAGAGAAGCUCAAUGUUAAUGACUCUUCCCAGAUCAUUGUCUCAAGGACAGUUGGCAAAGCCUCCUCAGACAUGAAGUUAUAUUUUCCCAUUCCAGAGGCUUGCAUUGACGUCAAUAUGGAACAGCUAUUGAAUAAACGAGCUUCCUACUUCUCAGGCCAGUCGAUUUAUGGGAAUGCUAUCUUUGCUAAUAUUGGUUACACACGGAAGUCUUCAGAGCUCUUCUGUGAGGAUGUAUCUCUGUGUUCCUAUUACAGGAUGCUUCUUGGCAAGUUACCUGAUGGCGCCUACAAGGUGUCUAGAGAGGCAAUAUUUGCAGCAGAACUUCCUACUUCAUAUACUUCACGUUCUAACUGGAAGGGUCCUCCCCCAAGGGAUCUACUCUGUGUAUUUUGCCGCCAACAAAGGCUGUCCGAGCCUAUUUUCUCUGUUACAAAUGUUGACUCCUAUGAAAUUUCAUCAGAAUUAUCGGGGAAUUGCAAAGAAGUCCAGCAUGCAAAUGGAGGUAUAGGUGGUAUCGACAACAAAGAUUCAGACAAGUCAAUUUUACUUAAAUGUGAAGUGAAAAUAUUCUCAAGGAGACAGGAAACAUUAGCUGAAUUUUCUUUUGCUGAUACUUACAGAAAAGAGUCUGAUGCUAUUCAGAACUCGGCACUAAAGGUUCUGAAUUGGUUUGAUAAUUACCUCAAGCAACUAGACAUGCCUAUUGAAAAAAUUUCCUCUUUUGGAAGUUCUGACAAUAUUAAAGUCUACCCACAAGCUUUUGCCCAGGAAUUUGCAAUGUAUCUAUCUGUCUAUGGUGUGAAGCAGAACUAUUUUCCGGGAAAAUGCAGUUCAUUAGGAUCGUUUCCGAGGAACCUGUCAAUUCCAAAGUUUGAAAAUGGGAUGAUUCUGUUUAGUAUUGACGGUCCCGAUUCUGGUGUUUUUCCUUCUCCUGGAUCGUUAACGUGCAUUAGUUAUGCUACUUCUUUGGUUAAGGAGGAGAUUAAUCUGAAAGAAGUGCUUGAAAGUAAUGAUGAGUUUGAGUUUGAAGUAGGAACUGGUGCUGUUAUUAGCCAAAUUGAAGCUUGUGUAACUCAGUUGUCUAUUAAUCAAGCUGCAAAUUUUGUCAUAGAAGCACCUUCUAGGGAAAUAAUUCUGGCUGCAGCUGGUGAAUCUGCUAAUCGCCUUUCACAAUUACCUUUAGACAAUUGCUUCUUGGAGUUCUCGGUAAAGGUACUGCGAGUAACGGAGCCACUAGAAGACAGAAUGGAGAAGGCUUUAUUUAGCCCACCUCUUUCAAAACAGCGAGUUGAAUUCGCCGUUAGGCACAUUAAUGAGUCUCAAGCUACCACCUUGGUGGAUUUUGGCUGUGGAUCGGGAAGUCUUCUUGAUUCAUUAUUGGAGCACACAACUUCUCUUGAAAAGAUUGUAGGUGUUGAUAUUUCGCGUAAGAGUCUCACCCGUGCAGCAAAGGUUCUUCAUCAGAAACUAAGCAAAACCUCUCUGAAUCAGAUGAAAUCCGCUGAGCUUUAUGAUGGAUCAAUCACAGAUUUUGAUUCUCGCUUAUGUGGAUUUGAUAUUGGCACUUGUCUUGAGGUGAUUGAGCAUAUGGAAGAGGAUCAAGCAUGGUUAUUCGGAGACAUUGCUCUGAGUUCAUUCUGCCCGAGAAUUCUCAUUGUCUCGACUCCCAACUACGAAUAUAAUCCCAUUCUUCAAAGAUCUUCGGUGCCCAAUAAAGAAGAAGACUCAGAAGACAAAUCAGGACCAUGCAAAUUCCGCAACAACGAUCACAAGUUCGAGUGGGCGAGAGCACAAUUUGAGCAUUGGGCUAACAAGCUCGCACUAAGGCAUGAUUACAGCGUGGAAUUCAGUGGAGUUGGUGGGUUGGGAGAUGUCGAGCCCGGAUUUGCUUCUCAAAUUGCUGUGUUUAGAAGAAAUAUAUUGAAUCUGGCAGAUGAAGAGUGUGCGAGCAUUGAGAAUUCGCGUCACCCUUGUGAACUUGUAUGGGAAUGGAAUGGUCAGCCGAACCUCUAACUUGAGUGCAUUUGGAUAUUGGUAAUUCUAAUUAGAGCAGCACUAAGGUUACUACCUUUACCAGGGUCAGUGACGGAAGGAUCUGCCUUUUUUUGGGUUUUCUUCUAACAAUUUAGUGUAAUACUUUUGAUCUGUUGUAGGAUGAGCACAUUCAAUAGGUAAUAUAAAAAUUUUGUUUCACCACUUUGCUGUUA